GCGAUCUUCACUCCCUCCGCUAAACAAGUUCCUGUUGAGGUGCUGCCACCACUCGAUCACCGGCACACUGGCCACCAAGGCAGCCUCCAGUGCUGAGUUCCCCCCGCAUUGAGUCACAGACCCACCUACCAACUCUGCUCAGCACCUCCACUUGUGGGCCCCUCGACCUCAUCACCGCCACCGUCGUCCUAUGUUUGAUUCUUUCCUUAUGCGACCAUCAUAUUUCCGGCAGGAAAGGAAUGUUGGAUAGUUUCUUCAAGCCAGACGGGUCAGACUCAGAUCCCUGGUUUUGGUUUCUCUUCCAUUUUCCCAAAGACUCAAAUCAGUGAACCAAACGGGCCUAGUUUUAGAGUUGCAUUAGGCAGUAGCGGUGGCGCAUGAUCAGAUUGUUCCGUCCCACUAAAUCUACCGCACGAUCAUGCAUCACUUUGUCAGCACAUUCUAUUUCGUCUCAAUUAAGCCACCCCCACCAUUACCAAUCCACGGCUUCUGUGGACUUCGAUUCCCAUCUCUACGCGGCUACGCUUCAGAAAUGCAUACACAAUGGUGACUAUUGCUCCGGAAAAUGCCUUCACUGUCAUAUCAUUAAGACAGGCGCUUCUUUGGACUUAUUUGCAUUUAACGUUCUUCUUAAUCUGUAUGUAAAGUCCGAUUCUUUGACCGAUGCAUCUCAACUGUUCGAUGAAAUGCCCAGUAGUAACACUGUCUCCUUCACUACAUUGGCUCAGGGUUACAUGCGCUCACUUCAAUUCCCUGCAGCUCUUGACUUAUUCCUUAUGUUAUUCAGAGGAGGCCACCAGCUCAAUCCUUUUGUUUUCACAUCCAUUCUCAAGUUGCUUGUCAGUAUGGACCGCGCACAGAUGUGUUUCUCUAUUCAUGCGUGUAUUUAUAAGCUUGGUUAUCACUCUGACGCGUUUGUUGGUACUGCUCUUAUUGAUGCCUACUCUGUUUGUGGGUGUGUUGAUGUUGCUAGAAGUGUUUUCGAUGACAUUCUUUUUAAGGACAUGGUCACUUGGACUGGCAUGGUAGCUUGCUAUGCUGAGAAUGACUGCUUUAACUGUUCAUUACAACUUUUCUCCCACAUGAGGCUAAUAGGUUACAAACUAAACAACUUUGUCAUCACUGCGGUGCUCAAGUCCUGUCUUGGCUUACAGGCCUUUUGCCUUGGCAUGAGUAUUCAUGCAUGUGCUUUGAAAACUCAUUACGAACAGGAUCUUUAUGUUGGGCUUGCACUGCUGGAAUUGUAUAGUAAGUCCCAAGAUCUUGAUGCUGCACGGCAAUUUUUUGAGGAAAUGCCUAAAACUGAUCUUAUUCCUUGGAGUCUAAUGAUCGCUCGGUACGCUCAGAGUGACAAAAGUGUAGAGGCUUUGGAGUUGUUCCAGCGUUUGAGGCAAUCAUCCAUUGUCCCUAAUCAGUUUACAUUCGCUAGCGUAUUGCAAGCUUGUGCGGCUUUACCUGCAUUAAAUUUGGGGGAGCAAAUUCACUCUUAUGUCCUGAAAGUUGGUCUUGACUCAAAUGUGUUUGUGUCUAAUACCCUCAUUGAUGUUUAUGCCAAGUGUAGUAAAAUGGAGAACUCUAUGAAAUUAUUUGUGGAAUCACCUGAGCAUAAUGAAGUGACUUGGAAUACCAUGAUUGUUGGUUAUGUGCAGUUAGGAGACGAGGAGAAGGCACUAAAUAUGUUUGUAUCCAUGGUUGCUUAUCCCAUACAGCCAACCGAAGUGACAUACUCCAGUGUUCUUCGUGCCUGUGCGAGUUUAACAUCAUUGAAUCAAGGACAUCAGGUUCAUUCUUUAACUAUCAAAACCAUAUACGAUAAGGACACUGUAGUUGCCAAUUCAUUGGUAGAUAUGUAUGCCAAAUGUGGUAACAUUCGUGAUGCCCGAAUAGUAUUUGAUAAGAUGGGAAAUCGAGAUGAAGUUUCAUGGAAUGCUAUGAUCUGUGGAUAUUCCAUGCAUGGCCUAGGUGUGGAGGCUCUAAAUAUAUUUGAAAUGAUGCGACAAUCUAAUUGUAAACCAAAUAAACUAACUUUUGUUGGUGUCCUAUCUGGAUGUAGCAAUGCAGGACUGCUAGAUAAAGGACAAGCACUCUUUAAGUCAAUGAUGCAAGACUAUGGCAUCAAACCAUGUAUAGAACAUUAUACUUGCAUGGUUUGGCUUCUUGGAAGGUCAGGCCAUCUUGAGAAAGCUGUGAAACUCAUUGGUGAAAUUCCAUUUCAGCCUAGUGUUAUGGUGUGGCGAGCAUUGCUUGGUGCUUGUGUCAUCCACAAUAAUAUUGAUCUUGGAAGGGUCUGUGCCAAACGUGUACUUGAGAUGGAUCCACAUGACGAUGCAACCCAUAUACUUCUGUCAAACAUGUAUGCCACAGCAAGGAGAUGGGACGGUGUUGCUUCUAUUAGAAAAGUUAUGCACACAAAAGGAGUCAGGAAGGAGCCAGGGUUAAGUUGGAUUGAGGAUCAAGGUGUGGUUCACUAUUUUACUGCCGGGAACACCUGUCAUCCUGACAUUAAACUUAUCGGUGCAAUGCUUGAAUGGUUAAACAAAAAAACGAGGGAGGAAGGAUAUGUACCCAAUAUCAAUGCCGUUUUGCUCGAUAUGGAGGAUGUUGAAAAAGCACGUCUCUUGUGGGUUCACAGUGAAAGAUUGGCUCUUGCAUUUGGACUGAUUCGAUUGCCACGUGGUUGUCCUAUACAUAUCAUAAAAAAUCUCCGUAUAUGUGUAGAUUGCCACAUUGUUAUGAAGUUGGUCUCCAAAAUUGUGCAGCGAGAUAUUAUUAUCAGAGAUAUGAAUAGGUUUCACCAUUUUCAGCAUGGGAUUUGCUCCUGUGGUGAUUAUUGGUGAAUGAU